CCAGGAGAAGCUUCCUCCCGAUACAUCCCCUCGCUUCUUUUGAGACGGAGCGCGCGCGAGUGUGUGUGUGUGUCUCUCUCUCUGUGUGUGUAUCUGUAUCUAUUUGGGAAAGAUGUGCUAAGAGGACAGGGUUGCAGCGCAGCUCGUCGGAGAGGGGGGCUCCAGAACGAGAAGCUCCUGCCCAGACUGGCAGCAGCAGCGGCCCCCCCAAGGCCAGCGGGCAGAGAGGCCUUGGUUGGCAGCCUGGCGGGGCAGGCAAGCCGCGGACUCUGAGCCCCUCUCUGGCUUCCACCGCGCGGAGAAAGAGAGGCGCCGAGCGGCCGCCCUGCUAGGCGGGUGCACCAGAGAGGGGGCCACCGCCCUCCUCAGUGCAGGGACGAGUCCCGCCGCCUGUCGGGGCCCCCGAGGGCCAAGGGGGGGGGGAAGAGCCGCCGCCCCCUCAGCAGGAUCCCCAAGAGCAGCAGCAGCAGCGGAAGAUGAAGCCGGAUGGAGCGGGAGUAUUUCCAGGACAGUUGGAACCAAUAAAUGAGGGCCUGUUGUCCAGAAUCUCGGAUCUCUUGCUGUGCAGAUGGACUUGCCGGCACUGCUGCCAGAAGUGCUACGACUGCAGCUGUUGCCAGUCGAGUGAAGACGAGGUCGAAAUCCUGGGGCCUUUUCCAGCUCAGACACCUCCUUGGCUCAGGGUCAGCAAUCGAAGUGACGCCAAAGAUGGCGAGACUGACCACGUGGCCCCCAGUGAGCCUCCCCCGACUCCUCAGGACGUUUCUCCCGACAGAAGGCGGUCGUCGUCUGAUACAUCCAGGUCCACUUACAGCCUCACAAGACGCAUUUCAAGUCUGGAGUCGAGGCGUCCCAGUUCCCCCCUCAUUGACAUUAAGCCUAUUGAAUUUGGAAUUUUAGGCGCCAAAAAGGAAAUAGUUCAGCCAACCAUCCUGAGGAAAACCUAUACUCCGGAUGACUAUUUUAGGAAAUUUGAGCCAAAACUAUAUUCCCUUGACUCUAAUAGUGAUGAUAUGGACUCUUUGACAGAUGAGGAAAUCUUAGCCAAGUACCAGCUGGGGAUGUUGCAUUUUAGCACGCAAUACGACCUCUUGCACAAUUACCUGAUUGUCAGGGUCAUUGAGGCCAGAGAUCUGCCCCCUCCCAUUUCCUACGACGGCUCUCGACAGGACAUGUCGCACUCCAAUCCGUAUGUGAAGAUCUGCCUUCUUCCAGACCAGAAGAACUCCAAGCAGACUGGAGUCAAGCGCAAAACCCAAAACCCGGUGUUUGAGGAGAGAUACACUUUUGAACUACCGUUUUUGGAGGCCCAGAGGAGGACACUGCUCUUAAACAUUGUGGAUUUUGAUAAAUUUUCCCGCCACUGUGUCAUUGGCAAAGUGUCGAUGCCAUUGAGUGACGUGGACCUUGUGAAAGGCGGGCAUUGGUGGAAGGCCCUGGUCCCCAGUUCGCAGAAUGAAGUUGAACUGGGGGAACUUCUGCUGUCCUUGAAUUACCUGCCCAGCGCAGGGAGGCUGAACGUGGACAUCAUCAGAGCAAAACAGCUGCUGCAGACAGACAUGAGCCAAGGGGCAGAUCCCUUUGUGAAAAUCCAGCUUGUCCAUGGGCUGAAACUGGCCAAAACGAAGAAGACCUCCUGCAUGAAGGGCACCAUUGACCCCUUCUAUAGCGAGUCCUUCAGCUUCAAGGUCCCGCAGGAAGAGCUUGAAAACGCCAGCUUGGUGUUCACAGUGUACGGCCACAACGUGAAAAGCAGCAACGACUUCAUUGGGAGGAUCGUGAUUGGCCAGUACUGCACCGGCUCUCCGGAGUCCAAGCACUGGCGCCGGAUGCUCAGCUCCCACCGCACCGCCGUGGAGCAGUGGCACAGCCUCCGCUCCCGGGCAGAAUGCGACCGCGUCUCACCAGCGUCUCUGGAGGUGACGUGAGGAGGUGGACCCCAGCACGGCUAGCCGGCUGCUGAGCUGAGACACGCUGCGGGAAGCCAUCCACCCAACACCCAUCCGAGUCACCGGGCGAAACCCGACGCAGCUGUUCCGGCCUCUGGUAGCAACUCUUCCGGGCCUCCGCCCCCUCUUCACCCAUGCACCACCCCACUGAUUGUUUUCUCAAGAGUGCGCCAUGUGUGGGGCACCAGAGGCAGCCUGCCCCUUGUGCCCGCCAUCAUGGCCCCCACCCCAGGGGGCUCAGUCUCGCCAUGUAGGGAAGCGGGAACCGUCCGCAAGAGUCUCGUCCCGAUGCAUCUUCCGAUUCUGUUGCCUGCUGUGUUAGAGUCUAGUGCAGGCCACGGACGGGUUAGCGGCGAAAGUGCCACGUGGUUUGGACCCGCUUCCGUGGCCUCUCUUGCGCCUUGUGCGUCCUGUCCAAGAGUCCUCGCGUUGGGAGCUGUACCUGCCUGUGUGUGCUCUUUUGUGACUGUGUGGUGUGGAUAGUCGCCAACCUCGGGCAGUCUCUUCUCAGCCACGUGCCGUGGAAUCCUGCCUAGAUCCCAGCCCUUGUCCUGGUGUGAGCUUCACAAAAGCACGUGUGUGUCUGGAGUUGCGCCUGUGGCUGGGAUGGAGCAGAGCAGAGGCCACGCUCUCUCCCUGCUGCUCAUUGCCCCCAUGUCUCAUGGGUACAUUUUUAGACAGGUAUAAGCGAUACAUCCUUUUAGGAUUUGAAUAAGAAGCGUAUCAUGUAUAGAUUUUUUAUAAAAUGGAUGAUAUAUACAUGACACGUUUUAGAAAACGGACUGGACGUUACCUCGGUGGAGGACCUCGGCUUGCACGGCUAUUGCAGCUGAAAUCCACACCCUGCUUACUCCUGCGUAGACCUUCUAAAGUCUCUUCCCCUGAGGAAGGAGGCUGUGGACCGGGGUCCUGCUUCAGAGGGCCCACCCCACCCCACCCCAAGAUGUGCAAAGUGCUCUGGUCAGAGUGAAGUUCCCCAUCCGCUUCCAUGGAAGAAUCUGCUCCAGCCCCAGCACAUCACAUCCGUCGCCCCCGGAGGGAGUGAGGCAGCCUUGGGCCAAGUGGAGGAGGAGGAGGAGGAGGAGGAGGAGGAGGAGCAGCUCAUGGGAGCCCCCCUGGCGGCCACCGGUAAUCCCUACCGGCCAUGAGCCUGACCCACACAUGUGGGCCAUCAUUGGUACCAUCUCAGGGGACAUCUCCUCCUCCUCCUCCUCCUCCUCUCUUCUUCAGGCAGGAUAGAAAUACUGGAUCUCAAUCCAUUAACUAAAUAAGAGGCAGGAUCUCAACCCAUUAAACAAACAGACAGACAGUUCCUCAAAGUGACUGAGUCAACCUAGCAAGGGUCAAAUCCUGUCCGCUCUGCUGAAUGCUUUCUGUCCAUCCUCCCCCAACUCCCACCGUAUUGUCUAAGGAUGUAUAUUUAUGGACAAUAAAAGAUCUGUUUAUUUGUGUC